AUGCCUCAAACAAGCUCUGAAUCCACAGAGACUCACAAGCCUAUUGUUCAUAGGGGGCACAGAUAUGGUGUACUCUUGGUUGCAUUUUCUCCUGACGGAAACUCGGUCGCAUCUGGAUCUCGAGAUCAGACCGUUCGUAUAUGGGAUGCCCAUUCGAAAUCCUUAAUAGGCGAUCCAACAGAAGGACACACUGAUGAAGUCAACUCGGUCUCUUACUCUCCACAUGGGGAUAUUAUAGCCUCUGGAUCUGAUGACAAUACAAUCCGUCUUUGGAAUGCAAAAUCCGGGAAGCAACUGGGUAAACCUCUGAAGUGCACCAAAGAACGUGUUUGGUCAACCGACUUCUCUCCCACCGGCAACCUCCUUGCCUGUGCGUGUGAUAGUUCCAUUGGUUUAUGGCAUAUCCAGCAUAGGAAUUCUGGAUAUAAUAGAUUCUCCCGUGAUUGCGGUAUUGCUUACUCGGUAGCAUUCUCUCCUGAAGGUACUCACAUUGCUUCUGGUUGGGGUGACAGAGCAGUCAGAUUGAUGGACCUUGAGUGGGGACUGUCCUUUGCACAAACACUAACUGGCCAUGAAGGCUGGGUUCGUUCGGUUUCAUUUUCUCCCGACGGCUCUCAGAUUGUCUCUGGCUCAGAUGAUUCAACUCUCCGUUUUUGGGAUAUCCGCAUUGGAGGUAUGGUUAACAGUCUGUACGAAGGCCACAAAGAUACUGUUCGGUCUGUUAUAUUCUCCCCGGACGGCAACUACGUUGCUUCUGCCUCCGCUGAUCGAAAAGUCUGUGUGUGGGAUAUACGAACUGGGAGCUUGUUGGCAGAACCCUUUAAAGGGCACAAAAGUACUGUCUAUUCAAUCUCGUUCUCCCCUUGUGGCAAUUGCAUUGCGUCUGGAUCCUCGGAUAGAAAGGUCAUAAUUUGGGACGUUUCGAGUAUGGACAUCGAUUGGGAGACUAAUUCUCAAGUUGAGGAAGGGCAAGAUGGAGAACAAGCGGAAGCUAGCGCUUUGUUUGAAGGCGAUGAUAUUAAUUCGAUCUCAAUCGGACAAUAUAUGUCGAUCCAGGAGAUAUUCGAUAUCAUAUGUCGCCACGGCUGCAUUGAUUUCUCUCCCUACAUGGAUACGGCACAGGACACUGCUGUGCUGAUGUCUGGUGGUGGUUUUGGUGAUAUUUGGAAGGGGCAGCUUCACGACGGGUCUAAAGUUGCGAUCAAGGCUUGGCGCGCAUCUUUGAUAGAGCAAUGCGAUUAUAAGACUUUGAAGCGUGCUACGCGAGAGAUAUAUUACUGGUCGAAGAUGAAGCACGAAAACAUCCAUGAGCUACUAGGAGUGAUAGUAUUUAUGGGCCACUCGUUCGGAAUGGUGUCGGAGUGGAUGGAGAAUGGGAACUUGCAUGAAUACCUACGGAAAGAGCCCAGCGCUGAUUCAUAUCAACUGUCUACUCAAAUCGCAUCUGGACUAGCAUAUGUUCACAGUAACGACAUGGUACAUGGAGAUUUAAAAGCUCUCAACGUCCUCAUAUCAUCUAAUGGGACUGCCAAACUGACGGAUUUUGGCCUUUCAACAAUGGCUGAGUCGAGUAUUGGAUUUUCUGCGACUACCACCGCGCAGGCUGGGUCUAUUAGAUGGGUAGCGCCAGAACUACUAUUGAAAGAGACCGCUAGGAGUAAAAUGUCAGACGUUUAUGCGCUUGGGAUGACAAUCCUCGAAGCCUUCACAGGAGCAGUGCCAUACUACCCAGAAUGUUCGCGAGACUUCCAGGUUCUUUUGGCCGUGCAGCAGGGAGUACUUCCUACACGUCCAGUCAGCCAACUACCCAAUGAUUCAAAGGGAGACCAAAUGUGGAGCUUACUUGAGACGUGUUGGGAUAGAGAGCCUGAUGCUCGACCCUCGGCAAUCGAAGUGGCAGAACGUGUAGGUCUGGAUUUAAUUGAUAAUAUUUGGGAGCGCCAAAUACUUAUUGAACACUACCACUAG